AUGAGCCAAGCACCCCUUGACCAAGAUCUCUCCUCACAUUCCAAGAAGAGAAAAUUCCAAGAGGAGGAUGAUACCUGUCGGGCGGAACCUUCAGGCUCAUCAUCAUCAUCCUCGACACAACUCAGCUUGAUACAUCAUCAUCAUCAUGACAACAUGAUGGAUGAUACAAAAAAGAGAAAGAUGAAUUCUCAAUCGAGGAGUUUGAUGGAAUUACCUCCUCGUUCCUCUUCUCUAUCAUCUCCAAUUUUGCGAUUAGAAGGACAUCAAUCCGAAGUGUUUACUUGUAAAUUUUCUAAUCGAGGACAAUUUAUGGCCUCUGGAGCCUUUGAUAAAACAGUAUUAUUGUGGGAUGUUUUUGGAGAAACUAGUGAUGAUGUUGUUGAUGAAUCAGAUUCAUCACAUCCAACAACCUUUAAUUAUGGAUGUCUUGUUGGUCAUAAAAAUGCAAUUCUUGAUUUAGAUUGGCUCCUUUCAGAAGAUCGAUUAUGCACUGCUUCAGCAGAUAACAGUGUCAUGCUGUGGGAUAGUGUGAGAUGUAUGCGAGUUAGACAAUUCAAAGAUCACUCUGCUGUUGUAAAUUGUUGCACAACUUCAAAACACUCUGCUCAAUCUGAUUUAUUUGCCAGUGGAGGAGAUGAUAAGUCCAUAAAUAUUUAUGACCAAAGAGAACGAAAAUGUGUAAAAACAAUCAAGUCCAAAUUUCCUAUUUUUUCAGUAUGCUUCUCGGAAAACACGGAUAGAUUAUUUUCUUGUGGAAUUGAUCAUGUCAUUACGACAUGGGAUAUGAAAACAGACAAAUUCUUGUAUUCUCUUGGAAAUGGACACACCGAUUCUAUUACAGAUAUUAAGCUCUCUCCAGAUGGUAAUUUUAUUUUGAGCAAUUCAAUGGAUGGAACUUGUCGUAUUUGGAAUGCAAGACAUUUCGUGGAUACACCAAACAGAUGUGUGAAAGUAUUUAAUGGAGCAAAACAUAGUAUGGAUAAGAAUUUAACACGUGUGAGCUGGUAUAAGGAUGGAUCUCUGAUUUCAACAGGAGCAGAAAAUGACGUCAUCAUUUGGAAUACUACUUCACGAAAAAUUGUUUACCAACUACCUGGUCACCAAGGCUCUGUGAAUUGUGUUCAUUUUCAUCCACAACAACCAAUUAUUGCUUCAGCCUCAAGCGAUAAGACAAUUUAUCUUGGAGAAAUUGAUCCAAAAGCCAUUUAA